GAGUGUUUCCUCACGUUGCUUCCUUUGUUUUGCUUCGUGAUCUGUGUUGAGAGUUGUGUUGUGUUGUGUUGUGUUCUUGCGUGCGCCAAAUUGAGAGGGAGAGAGACUGAGGGAAGACAACUCAACACUAAACUUGCAACUUUUCUUACAAUCUCUCUCUCUCUCUCUCUCUCUCUCUCGCCAUCCUGAUCUCUUCAACCAGAUGCGCUUUCCUGAGCAACUCAGGGUUAGGUGGGUGUAGCAGCUUCUCCGAUGCGCAGAAAAAGCGUUCAGGCCCUUUCAGGGUGGUGUGUAUGACCCCAAGCAGCAGCAGCAGGUCCGGGGACAGAAACGGCAGCGUUGUGAUGGAGACGCCGUUGAAAGAAUUGAAAAAGGAUUCCCCGGUGGCUGACGUCGACGACAACGCCAUCUCCGCCGGUGGCCCUCAGGAUGUCUACGGCGAGGAUAGGGCAACGGAGGACCACUUUGUCACUCCUUGGAGUGUCUCUGUGGCUAGUGGAUAUACAUUGUUGAGGGAUCCCCACUUCAACAAGGGGCUGGCCUUCACUGAAGACGAGAGGGAUGCCCACUAUCUGCGUGGACUUCUUCCCCCAUCAGUUAUUCCUCAAGAAACUCAGGUGAAGAAAAUGAUCCAGCACGUACGCCAGUAUCAAGUUCCGUUGCAGAAGUACAUGGCAAUGAUGGAUCUUCAGGAGAGAAACGAACGUCUAUUUUACAAGCUUCUUAUUGAUCACGUUGAAGAGUUACUCCCAGUUGUAUAUACUCCAACUGUGGGUGAAGCUUGCCAGAAAUAUGGCAGCAUCUUUAUGCGUCCUCAGGGUCUCUAUAUAAGUUUGAAAGAGAAGGGGAAGAUCCGUGAAGUAUUAAGGAAUUGGCCUGAGCAGAACAUUCAAGUCAUAGUCGUAACUGACGGAGAACGAAUCUUGGGUCUUGGCGAUCUUGGUUGUCAGGGUAUGGGAAUACCAGUGGGAAAACUUUCGUUAUAUACAGCACUUGGAGGAGUCCGCCCUUCAGCUUGUUUGCCUAUUACCAUUGAUGUGGGUACAAACAAUGAGAAGCUGCUCAAUGAUGAAUUAUAUAUUGGGUUAAAGCAAAGACGAGCAACUGGGCAGGAAUAUGCUGAACUUAUGCACGAAUUCAUGACAGCAGUUAAGCAAACUUAUGGGGAAAAGGUCCUAAUUCAGUUUGAAGACUUCGCAAACCACAAUGCUUUUGAUCUGCUUGAGAAGUAUAGAUCAACACAUCUGGUUUUUAAUGAUGAUAUUCAGGGAACAGCAUCUGUGGUCCUUGCUGGACUAGUUGCAGCUCUGAAAUUGGUUGGGGGUAACUUGUCUGAUCACAGAUUCUUAUUCCUUGGUGCUGGAGAGGCUGGCACUGGAAUAGCAGAACUCAUAGCACUUGAAACAUCAAAACAGACAAAUGCCCCACUGGAGGAAGUGCGCAAGAAUAUUUGGUUGGUGGACUCAAAGGGAUUGAUUGUCAGUUCCCGCAAAGAUUCACUCCAACAUUUUAAGAAGCCUUGGGCUCACGAGCAUGAACCUGUUAAAAAUCUUGUAGAUGCUGUUAAUCAAAUUAAGCCAACAGUGUUGAUUGGAACAUCGGGACAAGGAAGAACUUUUACUAAAGAGGUGAUUGAGGCUAUGGCUUCUAUUAACAAGAGACCUAUUAUUCUUUCUCUUUCCAACCCAACGUCACAGUCAGAAUGUACUGCUGAAGAAGCUUACAAGUGGAGCCAGGGACGUGCCAUUUUUGCAAGUGGUAGUCCAUUUCCUCCAGUUGAGUACGAGGGAAAAAUGUUUGUGCCUGGCCAGGCCAAUAAUGCAUACAUAUUUCCUGGAUUCGGUCUCGGUUUGAUAAUGUCUGGAACCAUUCGUGUGCAUGAUGACCUGCUUCUUGCUGCCUCUGAGGCUUUGGCUGCACAAGUGAGCCAAGAGAACUUUGAUAAGGGACUCAUAUUCCCACCAUUCACCAACAUCAGAAAGAUUUCAGCACACAUUGCUGCCAAUGUUGCUGCUAAGGCUUAUGAGCUUGGAUUGGCCACUCGCCUUCCCCAACCCAAAGAUUUGGUGAAGUUUGCUGAGAGCUGUAUGUAUACCCCUGCCUACAGAAGCUACCGGUGAAGUGAUAGUAGUUCUGUUUUCUUUUUCUUUUACUUUUAUCAUAAAAUCAUUUUAUUGUCGAUUUUUUUAUUUAUUUUUUCUCUCUUGUUGUUGAUGUUCGGUUCAUGUAAGUUAUUGGGUGGGGGGUUAGUAGGUUAGGACGGUGCUGGUAGUAGUGGUAGUUGGACUAAAAGGUAGCUUCAAGUUCUGUUCUGCUAUCAAUGUUAUGUGACGGUAAUCAAAAUUAGAAAAGAAAGCAUUUCUAAAGUCCGCAUUUAUUAAUUCUUGCAAGUAA